CGCCCUUCCCUUUAAGACGCACCGCCCCCUCUCAGUCACUCCCAAGAUGGCGGACCUACUGGGCUCCAUCCUGAGCUCCAUGGAGAAGCCACCCAGCCUCGGUGACCAGGAGACUCGGCGCAAGGCCCGAGAACAGGCCGCCCGCCUGAAGAAACUACAAGAGCAAGAGAAACAACAGAAAGUGGAGUUUCGUAAAAGGAUGGAGAAGGAGGUGUCAGAUUUCAUUCAAGACAGUGGGCAGAUCAAGAAAAAGUUUCAGCCAAUGAACAAGAUCGAGAGGAGCAUACUACAUGAUGUGGUGGAAGUGGCUGGCCUGACAUCGUUCUCCUUUGGGGAAGAUGAUGACUGUCGCUAUGUCAUGAUCUUCAAAAAGGAGUUUGCACCCUCAGAUGAAGAGCUAGACUCCUACCGUCGUGGAGAGGAAUGGGACCCCCAGAAGGCUGAGGAGAAGCGGAAGCUGAAGGAGCUGGCUCAGAGGCAAGAGGAGGAGGCAGCCCAGCAGGGGCCUGUGGUGGUGAGCCCUGCCAGCGACUACAAGGACAAGUACAGCCACCUCAUUGGCAAGGGAGCAGCCAAAGACGCAGCCCACAUGCUACAGGCCAAUAAGACCUACGGCUGUGUGCCCGUGGCCAAUAAGAGGGACACACGCUCCAUUGAAGAGGCUAUGAAUGAGAUCAGAGCCAAGAAGCGUCUGCGGCAGAGUGGGGAAGAGUUGCCACCAACCUCCUAGGCGCCCCGCCCAGCUCCCUUUGACCCCUGGGGCAGGGCAGGGGGCAGGGAGAGACAAGGCUGCUGCUAUUAGAACCCAUCCUGGAGCCCCACCUCUGAACCGCCUCCUACCAGCUGUCCCUCAGGCUGGGGAAAACAGGUGUUUGAUUUGUCACUGUUGGAGCUUGGAUAUGUGCGUGGUGUGUGUGUGUGUGUGAGAGAGUGUGAAUGCACAGGUGGGUAUUUAAUCUGUAUUAUUCCCCGUUCUUGGAAUUUUCUUCCCCAUGGGGCUGGGGUACUUUACAUUCAAUAAAUACUGUUUAACCCAA